AAUCACAUUUAUGCAAUAUCAGGAGGAUGAAGGUAUAAUUAGGAUUUUAUAAUUAUUUUAUUAGAAUGAUGGAGGCUUUAUGCUCCUUACUGUGGAACCUCAGAGAAAGUUCUGCAGUUUUUUCUAUGUCAGAUAAAUUACUGCCCUCUGCUGGUGGCGCUGAGGAACUGAAGAGGUUUUAAAGCAAAGAUCUGAUGUAAUAAAAUUCUCUCAGGUUCGGAGAAUUCAGUCAAAAUAAACCCAGAGGUUAUUAAAUGAUAACGCUUUGCUGCAGUUUAUCGGCAUGUUUUGACUCCAUCAAGCCGAAAGAUAAUAAAAGAAUAAAGUUCAUUAAAAAUAUUGAUCAGAAUCUAAAAACACGAUCAGACUGAAUGAGUCUCAGCUGCAUAACGGCUAAAACCGUCAUCAUGACCUCUGACCUCAUCAAUGUUCAGCUGUAAAUCAGAAAAAACCUGAGAUGGUCUAAAAGUUAAGGGCCUGAAGGGCGGCAUAAAACUAACUACCUGAUUUUAGUGUAAUGAACUAAAACCGCUUCGAUGUGGAACAGAAUGCAGUUAUUAAUAUGAUUAAUGAAUAAAAAUGGCUGCCACUGCGCCACCUCACCUGGGAAGAAUGAAAAUAUAAAUGAUUAAAGUCUCAGUGCUGCUGCUGCAGGUGGAACAAACCUCCAUGAACCGCAUUUCAUUUGUUCAUKUUUCCGUUUCAUCUCCAACUUCCUGUUUCAUUUUUCCUCCAAUCAAAGAGGAGCGUCGUUCCUUUCAGGUCACGUGGUUCCGCUCAGCACCUGUUGACGGAGCCGUUAAUGAGCCUCUAAAGGUCACGGCCCACUCGUGACCCGGGCAGGUGAAAACGCGGCUCUCUGAUUGGCUGAGCUGAAGGCAGGUGAGGAUGGAGGAUGUGGCCGCGUCGCUGCUGCUGCUGCUGUGCGGGUCCCUGGUUCUCGGGCCCACUGCCGGUUCCGGUUCGGGUCCGUACUCUGAGCGCGGCAGGAUGGAGCUGCGGCGGGUCCAGAGCCUCGCCGCGCAGCCGCGGUAUGGCGGGUGUUGGGCGCGCGCGCUGGAACACCUGGACACGAGCUGCAGGGACAUGACGUCAGAGAGUCAGAGCCGCCUGGCGCUGCGCUUCACGCACUGUCACCUGAGCAGCUCAGGCAGAGAUUUCCCAUCCUGCCCUGAGGGGUCAGAGGUCAGCAGGUGUACUACUGGGAUGGAUCCUGUGGCCUUCAGCACAUACACUGAGUUCUUCACCCACACCCACUCAAUCUGCCACUUCCUGCAGUCGGAGGCCUGGCAGCGCCGCACAGAGAGCACCAUGUACAGGCUGACCGAGGCCUCUGCAGGUGUUGCAGAGCAGCUUCAGUCCACCAGACAGAUGGCCAACGAGCUGAUGGAAGCCCAGAGCGUCGCCUUACAGGCACAGAAAGAAAUCCUGUCCAAUGGGGAGGAGCUACGAGCCACCCUGAGAGACUCCACUCAGGGUGUGCAGGCGGUCUUCUCUGACCUCAGCAGCGCCUCCAGGCAGCAGCAGGUGGCGCUGUCGCAGCUCUUCCAGCAGCUCUCCUUCCUGCAGAGCUUCCUGCUGCUUGAGGCUCACAGCCUGACUUCUUGCUGCUACAACGCCGCCGCGCUCUGCACCGCCUACCUCAUCACUUCCACCCCACGCUCCUCCAGGGCCAGGCUGCUGCUGCUGGUUUUGGUCUGCGUCAACUUCUACUUGGAGAAGAAGAUCUACCAGCAUGUGCUGAGCUCCGACCAACCAGAACACCUUCAUGUGGAUCAGGCCUCGGCGUACGUCGCUGCGCUGCGCCGCCUCUCGGUGUGUGUUGCCCUGUGUGUCCUGCUGCUGGUGUGUGUUCGCUACAGAGACCCGCUGCAGCAGAGCCUGGAAGUGCUGCAGCAGCUCCGAGAGACGCAACGCAGCCUGCAGGAGGCGCUGCGGCGUGCAGAGAGGUUUACGCAGGAGGAGAAGGACCGUCAGCUGCAGGUGAGGAGGACGGCAAGAGCAGAAAGGCUGUGGAGAAGAGAGGAAGAGGAGGAGGAGGAAGAGGAGUUCAGUAUGAUGUCAUCACUGGCUGCAGGCUCCUCCCACCUGCCAGCUUCAGGUCGGAGCGCCCGUCUCCUCUGCUGCUCCUCUUCCCAUCAUGCAUCAGUCCAGACUCCGCCUCCCCUGGUUGUGGAGGUUCCUGUCAGGAAGAACCCGGUUCUGCUGCCGCGCUACAGCCUGAGGAGCCGCCGUCGGUCAGACGUAAGAUGAGUGACGUCAUCAGUGACGUCAUCGGUGACGUCAUCGGCGAUCUGCAGCUACAAAGGAUUUUUUUCAUUUUUAUAACGAUUAAUAAAAAUGUUUUUAACAAAUAGUCUCAUGCAGGACAACAGUCGGGUGGUUCUGGUCCGUUUGCUGCACCCACACAGGCUGUAGCUUAGCAUCGCUAUGCUAACGCUUACUCAGUCAACACAUCUGACUUCCUGUAUGAUCAGUGAUGUCAGCAACGCGUUCCUCUGAUCCGCCCACGUUCUGCAGCGAUCAGGUUCCAGUUACUGACCCGUCCGUCAGGGAACAGAACCGACGCAGGACGGAGAAGAUUUGGGUUUUCUAGAUGUGCAGCCCAUUUCAGCAGCAAGUCGUUUCAAAGAGCUUUACAUCAUAACAUAGAGUCAUGCAGCAUAGAAUCAACAACCAAACAUGACAUUCAGUCGAUGCCGUCAAUAAAUUGAUCAUUGAUCACGUU